UUUAUCAAAUAAUCAAAUAUGACACCCGAGACUUGACAGAUUUAAAAUUCAUACAUUACAAUUUAUUCAAUCGUUAAUCCUAUCGAUACUGUUGUACUUGUUACUAUUGAGUCGUUUGAAUUAAUUUCGAGCUUUCGUGUUGGUUGUUGAGACUAUAAUGGCUGCUGUAUUAGAUGACGUUGGUAAGUCCAAAGUGUCAAAGAAGACCGACGAAGAAGUUUUUGAGGACGAACAAGAAGAUAUUGAAGACGAAUCGACAGUUACAAAGAAGAGGAGAAAGCGAAGGAAGAAGAAGGCACAAACAAACGGUAAAUUUAUAAUUUCAAUCUAUUUAUUAAUUUUUUUUUUUUUUUACAUUUACCUAUUUAAACUAUAUGCAAUUUUCAGCUGAUGAAACAGAAACAAAUGGAAAAGAAGUUUUACAAGAAGAAGAAGUGGCUAGCGGUGUAACCAAUAUCAAUAUGGAAGAUGAAGUUGAAGGUGAUAAAAAAAAAUCAAGACGCCGUGUAAAAAAGAAAGAAACCAAAGAUAAACAACCAGAUUCAAACGAAAAAAAACAAACUGAUCCUCCGUCUGUUCCCAUACAUGAACUGUUUCCAACAAGUAAGUUCCAAUUUUUAAUAUUAUUUUAUAAAUUUUCCUUAAAAAUAUUAUCUUAUUCUUAUAUUCAAACUGAAAUCUUUAUAGAACUAACAUUUUUUUCUCCAUCCUUAUGUAUAAUAUUCUCAUAUAUUUCCUUAAAUCUGAAAAUAAAAUAUAUACAUUCUAAAUAAUUACAAUAACUCAAUUUAUUUUUGAGUUCACUCUGUAUAUUAGUAAUUAUCUAGUGGUGUGAUGGUCAUCCGAUAUGUAUGUAUUCUAUAUCAUAUGAUAAGAUUUAUUUAUAUGCAGUGAUGCAAAAAUACAUUGUUUUUUUUGUUAUACAUGUUUCAAAUGGUAUAAAAUAAUAUAAUAUAUAAUGCAUUUAUGUAGAUAUAUAUUUUAAUGCAGUAGAAUUUUCAAUUGGUUUUUUUUUUUUUUUUUGAUAACUAACCAAUUUAUAGAUAUUCAGUAAACUAAUCAAGUUACAUUUUUAGUGAUUGUCCAUACAAAUAAUAAAUAACAAUAGUUAAAAUAUUAAAGUAUUAAUAUGCAUUAGCUAUUACCUAACUUAUAAUUUUAAAUGUAACACUGCACUGACCAAAAUUAAUAUUUAUAUAGCAGUACAACAACAACAAUAGAUACACUGGUUAGAUUAUUGUGCAUUACUGAAAAAAAAAACAAUGACCUGUUUGAUAGGUGAAAAUGAAAACAUUCAUGAUCUUAAAUAAGAAUAGAAUGAUAAGCACAAAUCAGAUUAUUACAAAAUGUAAGGGAACCGUUUGGCAGAAGAAAAUAAAAUUGUAUACCUUUGUAUAACAUAAUUUUACAGUGUUUAAUAUAAUUUUAUUCAAGUAAAUUAUAUAUCUUUGGAUUACUAUUUAUAUGUUAACACUACAGUGUCCAAAAAACAAUAUAAUUUAACUUUAUAUAAAUCUACUAUUUAAAUACUUAGAAAGAAAAUAGAUGUUUUUUAAGUAAUGAUAAUGAUAUUUAUCAUCACACAUGAAGCAAUAUAUAAAUUAUUGAUUUAUACCUUUUUAAUAAAUCAAAAGACUUUAGAUCUUACGUAUAAAUAAUGAAAUGGAUUUUGUAUAAACUUAAAAUGUAGUCAGUAAGCACUUAAUCUUUUUUAUCUUACAUUAUAAAAAUCUUAAUUGAUGUUAUUUAGUAAUUGUAAAUGAAUUUAUUAUUAUUUAUAUAAUUAAGGUGAGUAUCCAGUUGGCCAAGAAGUUGAAUAUGAUGGUCGUAUGGGGAAACUAAGGAUAACAAGUGAAGAGAAAAGAGCAAUAGAACGUUCCAAGUAUGAUGAUUACAACGAUGCUAGGCGAGCAGCUGAAGCUCAUAGACAAGUAACUUACAAUAAUCUUAUUCUGUGUUUUGACUUGAAAUAUCUACAACAAAUUAUUUUACUAGGUACGAAAACAUAUUCAAAACUGGGUAAAACCUGGUAUGACUAUGAUUGAAAUCUGUGAAGAGUUAGAACGAUGUUCUAGAGCUUUAAUUGGAGAAGAUGGACUUAAAGCUGGUUUAGCAUUUCCAACGGGAUGCUCGAGAAAUAAUUGUGCAGCACAUUAUACUCCUAAUGCGGGUGAUCCUACAGUCUUAUUGUAUGAUGAUGUUACUAAAAUUGAUUUUGGCACACAUGUUAAUGGUAAUAUUACUCUUGCAUUUUAUACUUUUUUUUUUUUUUCAAUAUUUUAUACUUUUUUAUUUCUAUUUUUAGGUAGAAUUAUAGAUUGUGCAUUUACUUUGACUUUUAAUCCUAAAUAUGACAAACUAGUAGAAGCAGUGAGAGAUGCUACUAACACUGGAAUUAAAGUAAAUACAAAUAAUAUAUUUGAAAAAAAAAUGUUUAAUCAAUUUGAUUUAUUAGGUUGCUGGAAUUGAUGUUAAACUUUGUGAAGUUGGUGAAGCUAUUCAAGAAGUGAUGGAAUCUUAUGAAGUCGAGCUUGAUGGUAAAACAUAUCCUGUGAAGUCAAUUAGAAAUCUUAAUGGCCAUUCAAUUGAUGCUUACAGUAAGCAUUUAUAAAUUAUUGUUGUUUUAUUGAAAAUUUAAUUUUUUAUUUGCAUUUCCACAGGAAUACAUGCUGGUAAAACAGUACCAAUUGUCAAAGGAGGAGAAGCUACUACGAUGGAAGAAGGCGAAUUUUAUGCGAUUGAAACAUUUGGUUCUACUGGUCGUGGAAUUGUCCGUGAUGAUAUGGAUACAUCCCAUUACAUGAAAAAUUUUGAUGCUUCUUAUGUGCCACUUCGUCUUCAAGCAUCACAAAAAUUGCUUGGUACAAUUAAUAAAAACUUCGGUACUCUAGCAUUUUGUAAACGUUGGCUUGAUAGAUUAGGUGCUACUAAAUAUCAAAUGGCAUUAAAAGACUUAUGUGACAAAGGUAUUUUAUUGUAUUAUAUAAUUAUUUAAUGUGAAAAAUUUGUAUAAAUAUUUAAUUCUAUUGACAAUUAUUAACAUACUAUUUAUUUAUACACAGGUAUACUUGAUGCAUAUCCACCAUUAUGUGAUAUUAAAGGCUGUUAUACAGCACAAUUUGAACACACCAUUGUGCUUAGACCAACAUGUAAGGAAAUUAUUAGCAAAGGAGAUGAUUAUUAACUCGUUGAAAAAACUUAUGAGACAAUGUUGCUAAUAAUAUAAUAAAAAGAUUAUUAUUUUUUCUGAUGUUAACUUUUUGGCGAUUAAUAAAUAAUUAAAAAAUACAUAUUAUUUAUAUUGUUAUAUUAUUAUAAAGCCUACAUAUAGCAAAUGACUAAACAUAACAUAGAUAAUGUAGGUAAUUAAAAUAGGGUUGUUACUUAAUUUAUUUUUUCCUUAAUAUUCCUUACAUAUUAAUUUGACAGUUAUUAUUGACUUGUCUGUUGUUCAUCGUUAGAUAACAAUGAUUUCGCCAUGCGUUCGUAAUCAUCUAAACUGAAUUGUGUAAUUGAACGGUCAAAUUCCUUCAUAAAUUCUUUCAAAACCUUGACUGUAUCUUCUGUGCUAUAAUGCUCCCGUACAUGUUUAGUGACCAUUUCUUCUAGUUCUUCAGUUUUAAUUACAGGUUGCUGUUUCACAACCAAGUUCAAUCUGGUGCCAUUUUUAAUUUGUGGGUAUUCAAUUAAGGAUUUUUCAUCUAAAAAUAAUUUUAAAAAGAACAUGUGGAAUAUGGGUUUAUAUUUGUUUUAAGUAAAAUUAGAUAAUUACCACAUAAAGGACGACCGGUAAGCAAUAAUCUUUGAUCUUUAACAGGAAUCUUAAAUACUUCAUAUGCAUGAGUUUUAAGCUCUGCUACUGUCAUCUCAUUAGGUACC